UAAUGUCAAUAUUGACAUGACAUUUAUGGUUGACUUACAAAAUUUGAUAUUUAUUUUUGAAACAAUUAUAAUUAUCUGAUAAAGGCAAAUUACCAUUAUAUUAUUUAUUAAUCUACAAAUAUGGAUACUGUUGUAAAAAGUAUGCUUGAAGAUGAUCCCGAAGAAAAGCCGGGCCUCGUGAUAAUGGGUCGAGAUGUAUCCAAAAUUCCUUGCUUCAGGGAGAGCUUCCUCUACGGCAUAGCUUCAGGAGUGGGCGUGGGGCUAGCUUCAUUUAUAAAGACUUCAAAACCAAUGCUAUCACAACAUGUUGGAGUGGGAACAUUUGCUAUUUCCACAUUAUUAUACUGGUCAUACUGUAGAUAUCAAUGGUCCAAACAGAGGUUUGAUGCUCAACUCUUGCAGGAUGCUCUGAAAGAUAAAAUUAUGUAUGAGGGCACUGCAGUAGAAAGAGAAUUAGAGCAAAAAGGAGUUUUGAAGUCAGCAUAGUGUGCCAUUAACAAUCAAGUGUAAAUUAAUUAAUUUAGAUUAGUAAUGCAUAUUAAGUAUAUCUCUUAUAUUU